CGGCCGCCGCGCCCCAUGCUGCUGCCCCUGGCCUGCCUGCACGGGCGGGUUGCGCAGUGCCUCGCCGCCCUCUUGGUGCUGGCACCGCCGCUCCCGAGGCCCCGGCGUGCCGCUAGGGCGCACGGGGCCCGGGUGCACGGAGAGCCGCCCUGCCGGCGCGCCGGGGCCGCCCUGCCCGCGAAGAUGGCCGCGGAGUUGCUCCCCUCCGCGGGCGCCGCCACCGCCGCCACCGCCACGGACAUCGCCAACAGCAACGCGGGGGCCGCGGCCACCGUCAAUGCCGUGGGCAGGAAGGGCCCGCCCAGCGCCCCGCUCCCUUCCCCGCCGUCGCCCGCACCAGCGCCCCCCAUGCCCGACAACAACAAUCUGGAGAGCCCCAACUGGCAGUCGUUCCAUCCCACCCUGCGCGAGAGGAAUGCCCUGAUGUUCAACAAUGAGCUCAUGGCCGAUGUCCACUUCGUCGUGGGACCCCUGGGCUCCACCCACAGGGUGCCAGCCCACAAGUAUGUCUUGGCUGUUGGGAGCUCCGUCUUCUACGCCAUGUUCUAUGGGGACCUGGCAGAGAUCAAGUCUGAGAUCCACAUUCCGGAUGUGGAGCCGGCAGCAUUUCUCAUCUUGCUGAAGUACCUGUACAGCGAUGAGAUUGACCUGGAAGCAGACACGGUGUUGGCCACACUCUAUGCUGCCAAGAAGUACAUUGUCCCUGCCCUGGCCAAGGCCUGUGUCAGCUUCCUGGAGACCAGUCUGGAGGCCAGGAAUGCGUGCGUGCUGCUGUCCCAGAGCCGGCUCUUUGAGGAGCCGGAGCUGACCCAGCGUUGCUGGGAGGUGAUUGAUGCACAGGCUGAGAUGGCACUGAGGUCUGAAGGCUUCUGUGAGAUUGACUGGCAGACACUGGAGGUGAUCGUGGCCCGUGAGGCUCUCAACACCAAUGAGGCAGUGGUCUUUGAGGCUGUGCUGAACUGGGCAGAAGCUGAGUGCAAGCGGCAGGGCCUGCCUGUUACCCCACACAACAAGCGGCACGUGCUGGGCCCAGCCCUGUACCAGGUAAGGAUUCCCACCAUGACACUGGAGGAGUUUGCCAAUGGCGCAGCUCAGUCAGACAUCCUGACCCUGGAGGAGACCCACAACAUCUUCCUGUGGUACACAGCGGCCAAGAAGCCCCCACUGGAUUUCCCGCUCACCAAGCGCCGUGGCCUGGCCCCACAGCGCUGCCAUCGCUUCCAGUCCUCGGCCUACCGCAGCAACCAAUGGCGCUACCGUGGCCGCUGUGACAGCAUCCAGUUUGCUGUGGACAGGCGAGUGUUCAUUGCGGGCCUGGGCCUCUAUGGGUCCAGCUCAGGCCGUGCAGAAUACAGCGUGAGGAUCGAGCUCAAGCGGCUGGGUGCAGUGCUGGCGCAGAACCUCACCACAUUCGUGUCAGACGGGUCCAGCCGCACCUUCUCUGUGUGGUUCGAACACCCAGUACAGGUAGAGCAAGACGCCUUCUAUACAGCCAGCGCCGUCCUGGAUGGCAGCGAGCUCAGCUACUUUGGGCAGGAGGGCAUGACUGAGGUGCAGUGUGGGAAGGUCACCUUCCAGUUCCAGUGUUCCUCUGACAGCACCAACGGUACUGGGGUGCAGGGCGGACAGAUCCCCGAGCUCAUUUUCUAUGCCUGAGCCAAACCCACCGCCUGGGAAGCCAGUGUUUGCAUGGUGGCCCAGGCUGUGGCUCCUGAUCUGGGUAAAGUGGUGUAAGACAGGCCCAGAUCCUCAUGUCAGCCGCCUGUGUGCCAUGCCCACCCCUAUCCGUCCCAGGCUUACCCUGAGACCUUCCCUCCCACCAAGCAGGGGAGAGUUCCUCAGAAUAGUUUGUCUAUUUAAAGGGGGUUUUCAUAAUAAAGUUUCAGCAAACAGCCA